AGUCUUGCAGCCUUGCGUUUGCCGAAACCCUAGGUUGCCAAGGCCGAAGCCGGUGAGUACUUGAAGUUUGUACGGGAACUGUGAAAACUGGGUUCCCUUUGAUUCAGAGAAUCCUCGGGUGGCUUCAAUGGCAGUUGCAGACCCAUCACCUUCUUUGGAGAUUCUGGUUAGAGAACCAGAGGGUUUCAGUCUUUGGACUGGCCCCCCCUUCAGUGACGGUAAACCCAGCACAAAGCUUGAAAGAGCUCCCUGCAUUAAUGCAAAGUUCAGUGAUGACGGGUCUAAACUGAUAGUCAUGAAGUCAGACUCGGUUAUUAGCAUCUAUGAUUGCAGAAGCUCCACAGAGAUAAAGUCCUUUGAAAUCCCCAACGUUCUUGCAGCCACUUUGUCGCCACGUGGGACUUAUCUUCAGACCUUUCAGAAGGCUUCAUCACCACAGGACAAAAAUGUGACCUUAUGGAAGAUAGGGACUGGUGAUUCUGUUUAUCAUCUGUUCCAGAAGAACAUGACAAAGACCACAUGGCCCUCAAUACGAUUUAGCUCUGAUGAAGCUGUGGCAUGUCGUCUCGCAACAAAUGAGAUACAGUUUUUUGAUGGAGGUGAUUUUUCUAAAGGAAUAAUAAAUCGGCUUAGAGUUCCUGGAGUUGCUGCUGUAGAGCUUUCCAAGAAUCCUGGAUCCUAUGUUGCAACAUUUGUUCCGGAAUCUAAGGGCAUUCCUGCCAGUGUCCAGAUAUUUCCUUGUGAAAAGGAUUCAUCAAGUCAACCUGUUGCACGAAGGAGUUUCUUCCGAUGUUCAACAGUGCAAUUGAAUUGGAAUUGUGGAUCUACAGGGCUUUUAGCUGUGGUGCAAUCAGAUGUUGAUAAAACCAACCAGAGUUACUAUGGAGAAUCAAAAUUAAACUAUUUGACAACUGAUGGGUUGCAUGAAGGAGUUGUGCCACUUCGUAAAGAAGGACCUGUACAUGAUGUUCAAUGGUCAUUUUCUGGCUCAGAAUUUGCGGUUGUUUAUGGAUUCAUGCCUGCAAAGGCAACAGUGUUUGACAGGAAGUGCAAUCCCCUUCUUGAGCUUGGAACAGGCCCAUACAAUACAAUCAGAUGGAACCCAAAAGGGAGGUUUCUUUGCUUGGCAGGCUUUGGAAACCUACCUGGUGAUAUGGCAUUUUGGGACUACUUAGAGAAAAGGCAGCUUGGGACUACGAAGGCUGAAUGCUCAGUAACAAGUGAAUGGUCUCCUGAUGGGCGCUAUUUCAUGACUGCCACAACAGCUCCAAGACUACAAGUUGACAACGGGAUUAAGAUUUUUCACCCCAAUGGAUCAUUGUACUUCAAGAAGAUGUUUGACAAACUGUAUCAGGCUGAAUGGAAACCAGAAUCACCAGAUAGGUUUGGUGAUAUAGCAGAACUAACAAAGUCUAUUGAUUCUUUGAAAGUUGAAGGAACCAAAAUACAAGUGCAAGGGUCAAAAUCUUCCCAGGCCUCUGCAAGAGCCACCUCUGGCAACCCCUCUACACAGAAAGUGGCUGCAUAUCGUCCACCUCAUGCUAAGAAUGCGGAGGUCAUCCGGGAUGAGCUGUUUGGAGGAGGCCCUGCCCAAGAAACGAGCAAGAAUGCAUUGAGAAAUAAGAAAAAGAGGGAGAAACAAAGAGAGAAAAAGGCUGCAGAGGCUGCCGCUGCCAGUGGUUCAUGAUUGAAUGCUGACCAGCACGGGGCUCGGGACACGUUGAGUGCAGUUUUUUUUUUUUGUGGCGAUGAGAAACUCACAGUCACUACGCUUCCAGUCCGCCCUGGGUGCUCUGAGUUUCAUUGGCCCAACCAACCCUCUUGAUCAGGAUGUCAUGUAAUAUUUUGCUCCAGCAGGGGAUUUUACGUUUUUCACAAGAACUUUCAAGGCGAUAGCCAUUAAACUUUAAGGAAUAUGUAGGUGCUUGCAGGCCUGUUGUUCUUUAUAGCUCUCGUUGCUUGAAUUGAUACAGAAUCUAUGGAAAAAUGUUGAAUGUUUGAAAAUUUGCA